GGCAGUAGCUUGUUUCAUAUAAAACAUAAAGUUGUCUGUGAUGGCUUGGUUUCGAUUCGCAGGUUACUGACAUAUUGGGUAUAUAGAAGCCUUUGCUUGGUAUCUAUUCGUGGAUUUCGACAUAUUAGCUAUACACGAAGCACCUUUUGUUUCUGGAUAAGCUAAAAGCUCAAGAAACUACCUAUUGUAACGCACUUUAAUAAUUGGCAAAUCUUGGCUUUUUUGGACUAGUUUACUUUCAAUUGAAACACGUAUACUUCACACCAAGCUAUAUACUAAAUGUAUAUGUAUUUAUACACAUAUAUCUUCUGCGCUCAAAAACAUACAUAUGUACAUAGAAAUUUAUAUAUUUCUGAGCGCAGAACUCAAGAGAUGAGAGACAGCAAAUCUCAAGUCUUCUACCUUAAACGCGCCAAGAUUUUGUUGUUUUUGCGUACGGUUGACACCAGUGCACAGUUGCAUGGCGGCCAAGUCCUGCCAGGUAGCACAGCUGUCCCUUUCCACAACAUGACUACCGCUCAUAUAGGUGUUUAGUAUAAAGGCAACAAAUAGCUGCAAAAGGAAUCAGUAGAAAACACAACGGAAAUCAGCACACAACUCAAAUUGAAACACAGUCUAAUAGACCAACAGUUUAGCCAAACCGAACACAGUGCUUUAGUCUAAAUUCAAGCGGCUAACUGAUCACAGCACACGCACUAAACGAAAAAUGGAUCCAAAAACACCAAGUAACAUUCUAAAUACCAGCGAUGAACAGUAUUUAACUGCGCAAUCGAGCCCAACGCGCGAUGCCGCCCCUUGCCGCUUGUCGUGGUUUCUUGUGCGCAACGAUCCACUUUAUAUAGCCGAAUAUGGCGUCUAUCGUUUAAUACAUGGCAUGGACUUGAUAGAUCCCGAUUAUACCAAUGCAUAUGCGGGUAAUCUUUUGAGUUAUAAUAUCGGAUCAGCAACAAUAACAGGCAGAAUGUUGGCCGUCGCUGAUAAUGUGAAGCUCGUGCAACGCUCCUUAAACGAUUGGGUGAGAGAAGAUCGUAAAAAAUACCCAAUAUUCAAAUCGAAUAUACUCGUACAAUAUCGCGCAGCUGCCAAUCGUUUGGUGCAUAGAAUACAGCAUGAGGAACUGGCGGUGCCUUUGUCGUCAACUGAAUAUCCGCACGUUAGCGAUAUGGAUAUAUUUGUGCGUGAUGGCGAACGGUUGACGCAGGCCAAGAUACUGUCACGUAACAGUAACGUCGACGAAUUAAUAAACGAUUUGACUAGGGUGACUAGCAACAUAGCGGAAAAGAUCUCCGGUAGUUUCGCAUCGAUUAAUCUCGAUGUGGACGCCACCACCGUGCCCAAAGACAAUCCAUGGUUGCUCAUACAGUUUAGCGUGAGUGUGCGUGAUAGCAUCUAUUCGAUUGUACGCUAUAAUGAUACCAUUGGAUGGGAGUAUAAUGCCUUUCCAGGCUUACAAGCAUUUCUGCUGGUUGGCAAGACACUCUUUCAAGCUUUAAUCAUACACAAAUCGCACAGUUACAGUGCCGUGGUAGCAGCAAUGGAUACCAUAAUGCGUUCAUGCAUAGUGUCGAAGUACCCGCAUUAUGACGAUCAUGAGUAUCACAAUCCGGAAAUAGAGAAGUAUGAGGAAGCAGAAAGAUAUUCGAAAGGCUGUGUAGAAAGCAUUGAUCUCCACGAUGAUGACAUUAAAAAUUGUAAAGAAGCAACUGAACUUAUAAAAUUGGAGGCAUUAACAAUCGAUCAAAUUAGCAAUCAGAUCGAUGAAACCGAAAAGAAGGCGAAAAGUGUAUUGCAAAAAUUGCAAGAUAUAAACCUCCGAAAACGAAUUGAAACAAUGUAUACAUAAUAAUGUGAACGUUAUGUACAUUGCUUCCUUUAACAAAAAUUUUAAAGUGUUUCUUUAUCACUACUUAAAAAGUAUUAUUGUUCCAUAUUUACCUGCAUUCUAUUUAAAUUAUAUUAUAUUACAUAUUAUUAUACAUAUAUACAGUGUAUCGAGUACCUAUUUCAUCUAAUUGCAAUUUGAAUAAAUUUUUUUUACAAAA